GUCUAACCGGUGAAACGUUUUAACUAUGUCUGGAAAAUAAAAAAACUUUAAAAGUUUCUAUUUUAUUUUUCUAAUUUCCGCACAACCCUAAUAAAAACCCUUGAACGCCGUCUCCUCCUCUUCUUCUUCUUCCUCGCUCGCGCCUCCGUCACGGUUCCUUCACUCUCUCUCUCUCAAACUCGCACAUCCUUUCAAUUACCCAGGUCUGAUGGGAACUCCAGAAUCUUCCCGAGAGCCCUGCCCCGACCGUAUCCUCGACGACAUCGGUGGGGCCUUCGGCAUGGGAGCUGUCGGAGGAGGAGCCUUUCAUUUCAUCAAAGGAACUUACAACUCCCCCAAAGGAAGUCGCUUUAUGGGAGGGAGACAAGCGGUGACGAUGAACGCUCCUCGCUUGGGAGGUAGCUUCGCUGUUUGGGGAGGGUUAUUCUCGACGUUUGAUUGCUCCAUGGUGUACCUUAGGCAGAAGGAGGAUCCUUGGAACUCGAUAUUUGCAGGCGCUGCGACUGGUGGGUUUCUGGCUAUGAGGCAGGGGCCUAGCUCGGCGGUGAGGUCUGCGCUUUUCGGUGGGGUUUUGCUUGCGUUGAUUGAAGGAGCCGGGAUUGCGUUGAAUAAGAUGUUGGCUCAGCCUCAGCAUAUGCAGAUGGAGGAGGGGAUGAUGCCUGGAAUGCCGGGGAUGCAGAUGGGGCAGGUGCCUGGGAUGCAGAUGCCGAGUCAGGUUCAGGCGCAGGCGAUACCGGAGGAUACUUCUUCGUCGUCGUCGUCAUGGUUGGGAGGGCUAUUUGGUAAGAAGAAUGAUGAGGCGCAGGGGCAGACGAGUAGUGGAAGUGAAACGAAGGUGUUGGAGAGUUUUGAUGCGCCUCCGGUGCCAUCAUUUGAGUACAAGUGAAGCUUGUGUGGAUCGGAAAGUUGCCUACUGGUGUUUAGCAGUCUGUUCUGUUUUGUGGUAGUCGAUCUAUCCUCAUUUGUUUUCAGCAGAAUUAUAUACUUGUUCUUGGAAGAAUGAGUCUCUCUUCUUUGGCUUAAAGUUUUAUGUUUUUUUUUAAAGUUAUUUGUGCUUACUACUGUGAAACCAUUCACGCAACUAUUUAUUGUUGGGUUUUUUGAAUAAUGUAGUAGUAUUAGAUAUUCA